GUACCUCUCGUACUUUCUCGCAGUAGUCUCUUCCGAGGUUUUCGAGUGCAGAUUCGCCGUUCACCGAUGAAUCAGACCCCCGUUGUCAUCUUUGCGUAUACCUUGAAUUUUCGAACAAACCUGAAUUAGUAUAACGAGAAGACAUGCUCGGAGAAAGGAAGUGCUCGAAUAUGUGCGUCAUUUUCAAUCACGGACCUGAGCAACAGCUGGUGAACGAUACGCCGAAAAUUCAACAACGAGUGUAUUAAUGAGAAAAGAGAAAAUUUCGAGAUCCGCCCGAUCCAAGAAUUCAUCGAAGUACGGAUAUGCCGUCGAUGCUCGCGUUGGUCGUGAUCGCGACGUCCGUCGUCCACGGGAUUUACGUACCACCCGGACCGAGGUACCCGUGUCCCCGACGUCAGACGCUUUUUCAUCCCUGCGUUUGCGUGAAAGGAAGCGAUAAAGGACUUUACGUGAGAUGCGAGAACGCGAAUCUAGCCAGUUUGAGCCUGGGACUGAUAAACCUUUCCCACGAAGGAGUGCCAAUCGAGGAACUACUCUUCAACGAAUGCAGCAUCGCCCGCUUGUACGGUCCUCUCCUUUACCCUCUUCAAGUUCGCGUUUUGAAGUUUAUCGGCACGCCGAUAAGGAUCAUCGAAGAACACAGCUUCCUGGGUGUCAACGGGACAUUACAAGAAUUCCAUCUCGUUGGAAGCGAACUCGAGAAUUUUCCCAAAGAAGCGUUCAACAUUCUGGGUAAUCUCAGCAUCCUGAAUAUCGAAGGGCAUCGAAUGAAGGAACUACCUCGCGACAGUUUCGCCCAUAGUUUGGCCGCGGAGAAACUGGAGACAAUUCGCAUAACGAACGGUACGCUCACUUCCUUGCCGGUCGAGUCGCUAGCUCCAUUGAGGAAAGUAAAAACGGUCGAUCUCCAUAGCAACAAGCUGAAAGAAUUGAAAAGAAACCAGUUCAAAGGACUCCGGGAAACUGAAACUCUGGAUCUCUCCGGCAACCAAAUUUCGAAACUCGACGCCUCGCAUAUAUCAGACCUCACCAAAUUGGGCUUUCUAAAUCUGACCAGCAACGCUAUAACGGAGUUGAAAAGAGGAACAUUCGCUAGGAAUUCUCUCCUGCAAGUCCUCAAGUUUCAACAUAAUAAAAUAAAAAAAUUAGACGCCAACACCUUCCGAGGUAUGAGAUUCAUGCGCAGAUUGUAUUUGAGCGACAAUGCGAUAACGGAUGUUGGAAGAGGUACUUUUGGAUCGUUGACGCGAAUCGGAACGAUCGAUUUAGCGAGGAACAUGAUCGAGAAAAUCGACUUUCAAAUGUUCAAUCAGCUACAGUACGCAGAAAUUUUGGACGUAUCUGAAAAUCUCGUAACCAGCAUAGACAAGUUGGCAUUCAAGGAUCUCUAUCUUGCAAAAGUUAACUUAUCGCACAAUAAAAUAACCACCGUAGAAGCUGGAGCGUUUGAAAAUUGCGCGAAUAUAACGUUAGACCUUAGCUACAAUCGGUUAGAAAAUAUAACGAAAUUCGCAUUUGACAGCGCGACUUAUGCGCUCGAAUUACAGCUGAGUUACAAUCUAUUCACGGAAUUGAAUCAGGUUCCUCUGCACAAUAUGACGGGAUUGAAAGUUCUGAACGUUUCCAACAAUCUGUUGUAUUCGGUACCGCGGCAGACGUUUCCCAAACUUUACGAACUCCAUACGAUAGAUUUGUCGUACAACAACAUAUCGGAAAUAAAUAACGGGAUAUUCCAGACCCUGUUCAGUCUACGGUAUUUGAAUUUAUCCCAUAACUCUCUAGAAAGAAUAAGAUCCUCGACUUUUGGCACCCUGCCAACUCUACUCGAACUCGACUUGAGCCACAAUAAGUUAAACGACGUCUCUAGAGGCAGCUUAGCCAAUUUGGCAAGUUGCAGGACUUUGACCGUGAAGAAUAAUUCAUUGACGAAGAUAUUCCAGCUUCCGAUAUCGCUCGGUUAUUUAGAUUUCUCCGAAAAUAUGCUGGAAGGCAUUCCCGUAACGGAUGUAUGGCCGUCCAUGAAUUCUCUGCUCUCUUUGGACCUGUCGAGCAAUCGUCUCGGUGAUAAUUUACACCACGGAAGUUUCGUGCCGUUAUUGACCCUCAGAAUUUUAUACCUCGUCGACAAUAACAUCACGCAACCACCGUGGGCGGCUCUCAGCAGUCUGAGCAGUCUUCAGUAUCUCUACAUCCAGGACAAUCGCUUGACGUCUUUGGAUAAAGCGGCGUUCGGUCGUCUCCCGGUCGUAUUCGAAUUGAAUCUGUCGCAUAACAACAUUCGCAAUGUCAGUAACCGAGCAUUCGAGGGCCUCCUUCAACUUUUGACCUUGAAUUUGUCGAGUAAUUCGAUAAGCCGCAUUCCAAACGGGGCUUUUCAGGGUCUAGUUUCACUUCGAACGCUCGACCUGUCUCACAACCUCAUAGAAAAAAUGGACAACAAAACGCACGGGCUCCUCGACGACUGUUUAUCUCUCGAGAGAGUGAACCUCAGUCAUAACAAAAUAUCAUUUGUGACGAGAAAAAUGUUUCCGAGCGAUCCUUGGAUUCCGUACAGAUUGUCCGAAAUCGAUCUGUCGUACAAUUCCAUGCCCGUACUCACCUACGAUCUGACGGUGGGAACAACGAAAGUCAGAAGACUGGAUAUCAGCCACAACAACAUAAACGAGAUAAGAAAAUGCAAGAAUGAUUGGAACAAAUUCGUCGGCCUCUUGCAUUCUGACGGUAAAAAACAAUGUCACGGUAUAACUGUUUCUCUCGUUUCAGACGUGAUUGGAAAUUUGACAUCUUUGGAGUACCUCGAUCUGUCUUACAACGAUCUCAACGAUGUAUCGGAAAUAAACGCGAUUCACGGUCCCCAGAAUUUGAGCGAAUUGUACUUGCGGAAUAAUCACCUCGCAUCUCUACCCGUUGACGAAAUAAUUUCGAUGAAGAGACUCCGGAUUUUAGAUUUAACUAACAACGAUUUCAGCGGUUUCAAUCCUGAAAUGAUGAGGAUCGUCAACAAUGGAACCGAUCUACGCUACGCGGGUAAUCCUCUACACUGCGAUUGCUACGUGAGACCGUUACGUCGUUGGAUGUCCUCGUUAACCGAAAUACCAAAAUCCUGGAGAGAUGUGAAAUGUUCGACUCCAUUUUUCGUCGCUGAUAAACCGGUGAACGAGGUUACGGAAGAUUUGAUGGUAUGCGGCGAAAGAGAGGUCUUGGACGACCCCGCCUACGACAUAACACCGGACGUCAAAUACCGCACUUUGGAUCGCAACGCCGAGGAUAACACGUGGAAGUUGACUUGGUACGUGACGUCGCGUGAGGAUAUCGGCGAUUUUUACAUAGUCGUACGAGAGGCCGGUAGCACGGGCGAUUCAACGGACAAGUCCAAAUCGGUAAAACCGAUAUUCGAGAAGGAUUUGGCCUACGUUGAGAGGUCUUUGAAAAUUCGCGACCUACCGCUCGAUGGGUCGAGAAAACACGAACUCUGUAUUCUAGCCAGAGACUCGAUAGGGAACGUGAAACACUUUAGAAAAUCACAGUGCAAAAUCCUCGAUGAAACUAAUUCACCGAGUCCCGCGGUCAACGCAUUCGACUCGCAAAUCGUCGUUACCACGAUCGUUGCUAAUUUAGCUAUCAAUUAUAUACUUGUGUCUGUGUGAAUGAUCCGGUGGGCUGAAAACUCCGUCGAUUCGUUUCCAUCCGACACACAGUAUUCCGACAAGAUAUGUCAAACGCUGUAAAUUUAUAAUACAAAUAAACGAAAGAAUGUACGAAA